AUGUUGAACUUGGAGAGUAGAAAAGUUGGCCUUGAGAUGAACGUGUCCAAAACGAAAAUCAUGUCAAAGAGUGUCAAAAAGGCAAUAAAAGUAGAGAACAGCCUGAUAGAAUACGUAAACGAAUACACAUACUUGGGAAAACUUGUAUCUUUUAAUGAAAAUAACAACGAAAGUGAAGUAGAAAGACAAAUGGACUUGGGCUCUCCCGAUACAGUGAUAACAGGUGGACUUACCUUGCAACCAAAUGGCAGGGCCCAAAAGGUAAAAGAAAUAAAGGAAGGCCAAAGAAAAGAUGGACAGAUGGCAUCACAAAUAGCAGGGAAAAGCUGGAUGCAAACUGCUAAAGACAGAGGCAGGUGGAAAGAAAUGGAGGAGGCUUUUACCCAGAAUGGGGCCACGUAG